UCAUCAGUCUUGAUCAGGACCAGCGCAGACUGACGCUCUUCUGCCUCGCCCAGACCCUAGCUCCAGUGGCCCCCAGGUAAAUUGAAUUUGAGACCCCUGUUUUAGGCAUAUUAUCUACCUCUUAAGUGGGAUUUACAAGAUGUGGCAAGAUUCAGAUUCAGAACCAGCAGGCCACAUGUCAAACCCAGUGGUGACCAACCAACCAGGUGCCGGCAGCUAUGGAACCAAUGUGCACACGGGACAGUGGAGCACAGGCCUCUGCUCCUGUUGCAGUGAUUUGUUGAUUUGUGCUUUUGGCUGCAUUUGCCCCACCGGAUUGGCCUGCUACACAGCAAACAAGUACGGAGAGCACUGCUGCUUGGGUUUUGUCCCCGGAGGCUUAACGGCCAUGAGGACUCACAUGAGGCUCACGUAUGGCAUCGAGGGAACAGUUUGCAACGACGCCCUCAUGUCCUUUUUCUGCGGGAUGUGUGAAUUGUGCAGGAUGGCCAGAGAAAUACGCAUCCGAAAUGGAGAAGUUUAAAAGAUCCACUGUUUAUGUCCAUUGUUUGUUUUUAGCAGCUUAGCUUUCACUAUCGAUCAAAUCUGUAUUAAACUUGGCAUUCUCAUGACUGUACUUUUAACUUAAUUGGAUAUAAUUUGAGAAUCUGACCAUGAAUUGGUAUUAUAUUGUUGCCAAAUGUGUA